GACCAUCAUGUCACCCAUCCUCUCUGUCUCCCUCGCUGCACUGUCUUUAGCGGCUGUCGCCGCCGCAAAGCCGCUGUCGACUAAUCCCAACUAUGUCCCUCGUCAUGGCUCUCCUUUCUCGUAUGCGCCAUUGCUUGUUGCUGAACACGAAGCCCCACACGGCAUCGUAAACAACUCUUAUAUCGUGAUGUUCAAGCAGGGCUUGCACCCCCAGGCGAUGGACAACCACCUCAACUUCCUGCAGAUGGCGCAUGCGGAGGACCCUCUCAUGGGGGACGAGAGCGGCCUUCGUCACGCCUAUGACGGACACGUUAAGGGGUACGCGGGCUGGUUCAGCGAGGGUGUGCUGGAGAGGAUCCGGCAGAUGCCCGAGGUCGACUUCAUCGAGCGCGAUCAAAUAGUACGGACACAAGAUACGCAGCGAUCAGCGCCAUGGGGUCUCGCACGCAUCAGCCAUCGUCCCAAACUCGGCUUUGGUACAUUUACCAAGUACGAGUACGAGCCUUCAGGCGGCGAAGGUGUCGAUGUAUACGUCAUUGACACCGGGAUCAACACCAAGCACGCCGAGUUUGAGGGUCGGGCGGCCUGGGGCAAGACAAUCCCGUUGAACGACGUCGACGAUGACAACAAUGGUCACGGCACUCACUGCGCUGGUACCAUUGCGUCGCAGAAGUACGGUGUCGCCAAGGCCGCCAACGUCAUCGCUGUCAAGGUGUUGGGCUCCAAUGGCAGCGGUACGAUGUCGGACGUCGUUGCCGGAGUUGACUUCGCAGCGAAGGCCGCCACAGCCAAGGCGGUUGCCGCAGCAGCUGAGGUGAAGGCGACGGGUAGCACGAAGCACAAGGGCUCCGUCGCCAACAUGAGUCUCGGCGGUGGCAAGUCACGCGCUCUUGACACUGCUGUCAACGGUGCAGUCGACACUGGCCUUCACUUCGCUGUUGCCGCUGGCAAUGAUAACCGCGACGCAUGUUCCUACUCUCCUGCCGCCGCCGAGAAGGCAGUCACUGUUGGCGCGUCCACGCUGGGCGACGAGCGCGCAUACUUCAGCAAUUUUGGUCCUUGCGUUGACGUUUUCGGACCAGGACUCAACAUCCUCUCGACCUGGAUCGGCUCCGAGCACGCCAUUAACACCAUCUCCGGCACCUCCAUGGCGUCUCCCCACGUUGCGGGUCUGCUCGCAUACCUCCUCUCCAUCUACCCUUCCGCCACGUUCAACCCCUCGGUCUCUUCCCUCAUCCCUGAUGAGCUCAACUCUGCGCGUCCAUUCAGUGGAUCCUUCAGCCGCCUGUACGAGAUGGCGUACGACUGCGUUCCAGGAUGGGCGGCUGGCUUCUUGCCUCCUCCCCGUCUCGUUCAGGUCAUCAGUGGAGAGGGGUCGAACGAGUUCAAGACGCUGAGCCCCGCGCAGUUGAAGGCUGCGUUGGUUGCGCUCGCGAGCCGAGACCUGUUGAAGGAGAUUCCUUCUGACACAGUCAACCUGUUGAUUUUCAACAACGCGACGACCGUCUGAAGAGAGGAUGCUUGAUAGAGGGCUCGGUGACAUGUUUGUUACGACAUUAUUACUGUUAUGUUCUGUAAUCUAGUCCUUCACGACUGCUGUACACAAUCUACGGACGAGUAUACAUACACAUACUUUGCGCAUUUGCUGUUCGCUG